CCGAGGUGAAAGUGCAGCUGCCAUUUUUUUUAGCAAAAUCUUCCUCUAUAGUGGGGGAGCAGACAAAGUAUAUGAGUGUUCUUGCCUCCUUAUAUUCGCCGUGCAUCUGCUUUGUGCUUAUCUAACGGCAAUCGUGCAAGGUUUGUGCCAGAGGAGGCGUUUUUACUUGUAGGUAAGCUAACUGCUUAGCUCCGCAGGCUAACGGUAGCAUUAGCUGUAAACAAACACUCGAUAAAGUGAAGAAACGCGCGCCGUUUAAGUCUCACACACAUUUAUCACUUCGGUUUUGGUGAAGGUAGUUUAUUGCAACGGAAAGGUCCAUGCAGCAUUUUGAAUUUUUGGAAUAGUGUGCAGCAGGAGGAAGUUCGGAACUUCGUGGUUUGAGCUUUAAGUUCGCGACACAACACUAGUUUUGAUGACUGAGCGAGUUUACAUCGACUAGCCCGGAGCCUGGUCGCUUCAGAGGAGGUUGUGGUCAGUCCAGUCGUACGGGGAAACCCUUCGGAAGUACGGACAUGUCGUCUUUUUCUGAAUCCGCCCUGGAGAAGAAGCUUUCCGAGCUAAGCAGCUCUCAGCAGAGCGUCCAGACCUUAUCUCUAUGGAUCAUCCACCAUCGCAAACACUCGGCCCUUAUCGUCAAGGUCUGGCACAGAGAGCUCAAGAAGGCGAAAAGCAACCGGAAGUUGACAUUCCUUUAUCUGGCCAAUGAUGUCAUCCAAAACAGUAAAAAGAAAGGACCGGAGUUCACCAGAGAUUUUGAGUCUGUUCUUGUUGAUGCCUGCUCUCACGUCGCAAGUGAAGCUGAUGAUGGUUGUAAAAAGCACAUGGACCGAUUACUUAACAUCUGGAAGGAGAGAAGCCUCUACAGGGCCGACUUCAUCCAACAGCUCAAACUGGCUAUUGAGGACAGCAACAGUCCAAGACCUUCAGAAGAAAGGAAGCCAGUGAAACGAAGCUAUCAGAAAAUCCAUGAAGAGGAGGACGACGAGGACGAUGACUACAGAAGCCAAAUGUCUCCUCGUAACACAGAGUCCAUGUCCUCUUCCCAGCUGACUGAAGAGCUGGUGAAAGCCCUGCAAGACCUGGAGAACGCUGCAUCUGGGGACGCAGCUGUUCGUCAGAAGAUCGCAUCAUUGCCGCAGGAAGUCCAGGAUGUCUCUCUGUUGGAGAAAAUCACUGACAAGGAAGCCGCUGACAAGCUGUCGAAGACCGUGGACGAGGCCUGUCUGCUGCUGGCCGAGUACAAUGGUCGACUGGCUGCAGAGCUGGAGGACCGGCGUCAGCUCGCUCGCAUGCUGACUGACUACAUCAACAGCCAGAAGGACGAGCUGGUGAAGAGAGAGAAGAAACUGGAGGAAUAUAAACAGAAACUGGCCCGAGUGACUCAAGUGAGGAAGGAGCUGAAGUCCCACAUCCAGAGUCUCCCAGACCUCUCCCUUCUUCCGAACGUGACUGGAGGUCUGGCUCCUCUCCCCUCGGCCGGAGACCUCUUCUCCACCGACUGAAAUGGUCUGGCCAAACCCACUACCCACGUGCCCCCACCCCCUCCUCCUCCUCCUCCUCCUCCUCCCGAUCCAACCCACAGGCGUGAGUCACAGAAUAGUCCCGGCUAAGUGUCUAGCGAGGGGGGCACGUGUGGUCCGACCUCUGCCCUCUGGAGUUGCCAGCCGACUGCAGGAGCAGACAGGAGCUGGAGCAAUGACAGAAACAAGGUUUGAUGAACAGUCACUGGCUGGAUUCUCCUGCGCAGUCUCUUCUUGGAAGUAGUUUGUUUUAUGUUGCUUUUAGUUUCCUUUUAUUGCUGGAGGUGCAUUUAGUCGGCGGUGCAAACUCGGGUUUGGUUGAGAGAAGCUGAUAAAGUGGUCGCCAGUUAUCAUUCUAUGUGACAUGUUUUGGAUUUAGUGAAAGUGGGUCCGAAUGACUGUCAGGUGUGCUCGUCUCCACCCUCCACACAAUGUACCGUCAUUAGUUUAGAGCUUUAGUGAUAGAACUGAUCCUUCGGAGCAUUAGAAACCAACAAACUCGAGCCUUGCUUUUGUUAGCUGUUAUUUGCUGAGUUAGCGCGCGUGGAGUUCAUGCUUUUCAUUUUGACACCAAUGCUUGAACGGGUGAAAAUCAUUGGAUCAUCUGUAAGCAACAGUGGUGAAUUAGAAAACCUCAGCUCACCCAACAAUAAACCACCUGCUUUUUACUUGUGUGUUGAUGUGUGAAAUUCCCAACCUCUUUAACAUUUGGCUUGAUUUAGAGAGGAAAAGCCAUUUCGCCGCUUCCAGUUGACAAGGACGCAGCCUCUGAAUUGGCACGUUUUUCCACCCAAACUUUUAUUGCAUCAUGCGUUCACUAGCGUCAGAAUUGUGCCUCCGAUUUUGCAUGAGAAUAUUUUACCGCAUCCAUAAUCUGGUUUUAUGGGCUUUUUCUUUUGCCGGGAGGUUGUUCAUUGAAGCCUUUAAAGAGCAGAUUGUUUCCCAUUUUGGGUCGAUAUUCACAGUUGCAGAUGUUUUAUACCAGUUUAGCACAAACUUGGUUGUUAACCUCAAAGCAGGUUGAAUGUGGUUGACUUGGCUAUAGUGCUUUCUCAUCUGAAGCCUGUUAUCUGUCCUUCGUUUAACUUGCGUGAAGUAUUUUUUCUGUUUGACUCAGUAUUGUCAAAGCGUUGCCUUCUGAAAGGGGCUUUUGAGAAACUACUCGAUUGCUGAGAACAGUUUUGCUCACCGAAAUUAAAAACAGAAAUAUAAAGAUGUUACAAGACGUCGCCCCAAACCAAAUUUUAGAAGUGAUAUUUUUUGUCGCUUCCAGAUUAACUGUGACUCUCAGCAGCUCCGACACGUUUCAUGAAACCAAAGGAUGUUUUGUUACAGAGUCGAGGAUCAACUGAUGCUCCAAAGCCACCUUCAGUAUCGCCACUGUCCGCAUCAUUCAGAUGUCACUGUAGUCACUUGUUUCUGACCUUCUUGUGUGUGUUGUGUUUCACUGAGCAUCGAGAACAGGAGUCGACCGGCUGUACUUUUCUGUAAUGAGCGUGGAUCCCAAUAAACUGGAACC